AUGACCGAGGCAGACAAGGGCAAGAUGCUGCUUAGUGUCCCUUCUCUCCUCGACACACCGGAUCCAAGCGCGUCCGCCUCGCCUCACACUCCUCCGCCCCGCUCCAGGCCAGCGCUUGAUACUACCAAACCUCACCUGAACUUCACGGGAUCGAGCUUGCCGGCAGACUACGUGUUCAACAUCGAUCUACCACCCGAUGCUCAUCCACCCGACGUGCAGGCGUACCUGUACUGCGUCGGUUCUGCCUCUCCGUCUACGAAAGGCACGGGCUGGAAGUUGGGAGUAGAGGCCGGCGCUUGUCUGCUGCGGUUUUUUGUCCCGACACCGUCUCCCCCCGCUAUGCAAGCCGCUCCGCACUUCCCCUGGCUGUACGGCCUCACCUACGCGCAGACAGACCAAAUAUCGUUCACGCUGCGCAGGGAUGUGAAUCCCCACGUUGCCGAGCCCGACCCCGACCUCAUCAUCCACCACUGUCUGAUUUUGCCCAUUCAGACGAACGCCCGAGUCCCACUUCCAGAGGGUAUGAUCGAGGCAGGACACGAGCAGUGGAUCGAGAUGAUUGCGUGGCUCUAUGCCAACCACCCGGCAAUGCUUCGACUGAAUGCCUUCGACCGUCCGAAUGGCCGGUGGCCGACGGACGAUGGUCUCCGUCGGUACCGCGACGGCCUCAUGUGGAUGUCAGCCCCCGAGUAUGGUGGCGAUCCUCGGGUAGGAGAGGCCAUGUAUCUUAUCGACGAGUACAACGAGAACGAUUACGAGCCGGCGCUGUGA